UAUUAAAAUGUUAGGUUGAGCCAUGUGUAACUGAUGAAUGCUAUUUGACCAAUUUGCAUAAAAAAAUUCCACUUAUUAGUGUAACCUGGUAUGGGGAUUCUCUAUAUAUCAAUAGAUAUUUCUGUGCCGGGACACUGAGGGUAAGACAGAUGUAAUAUUUCUAGAGUAAGGGUUUGAGGGCCGCAUGCAAGAGGUAUGGUGGGAACUUCAGGGUCGCGGACUCUUGCAGCUCUGAGACCCGGGAGCUGCAACCAUGAGCACUAAGCUGGUUCCCGCCGCCUCCUGUCCACGCCCCUCCUGGGCCGCCGUAACACGUACUGCGUGCGUGAUCCCGCGCGUUUUGUGACGCAGGCGCCCUGGGCUUUUUGAGCGGGGAAAAGAAAGUCGGGCAGCGCUGGUGUUGGUGGCGCCGUGACCGUGUGUGUUCGCGAAUCUCAUCCCGGGCCCAACAUGGGGCUGCUGGAGCUGUGCGAGCAAGAGUUUGGUACCGCCGACCUUUACCGGGUGCUGGGCGUGCGGCGCGAGGCCUCGGACGGCGAGGUCCGACGCGGCUACCACAAAGUGUCCCUGCGGGUGCACCCUGACCGAGUGGACGAGGACAACAAGGAGGACGCCACCCGCCGCUUCCAGAUACUGGGCAGAGUCUAUGCCGUUCUAAGUGACAAGGAGCAGAGAGCGGUGUACGAUGAGCAGGGAACAGUGGACGAGGACUCCUCAGUGCUCAACCAAGACCGGGACUGGGAGGCGUACUGGAGGUUACUCUUUAAGAAGAUAUCUCUAGAAGACAUUCAAGCUUUUGAAAAGACUUACAAAGGCUCUGAGGAAGAGCUGGCCGAUAUUAAACAGGCCUACCUGGAUUUCAAGGGUGACAUGAAUCAGAUCAUGGAGUCUGUGCUGUGUGUGGAGUACACAGAGGAACCCAGGAUAAGGAACAUCAUCCAGCAAGCUAUUGAUGCUGGAGAGGUCCCAGCCUAUAAUGCCUUUGUCAAAGAAUCAAAACAAAAAAUGAAUGCAAGGAAGAGAAGGGCGCAGGCUGAAGCCAAAGAAGCAGAAAUGAGCAGGAAGGAGUUGGGCCUUGAUGAAGGAGCCGGUAACUUGAAAGCACUCAUUCAGAACAGACAGAAGGAUCGGCAAAAGGAAAUGGACAGUUUUCUGGCUCAAAUGGAAGCAAAAUAUUGCAAACCUUCCAAAGGAGGAGGGAAGAAAUCAGCCCUCAAGAAGGAAAAGAAGUAAUGGAAUUUUUCUCAACAAAGGUCCUAAGGCAUCAGUUGGUGCUGGUGUAGACAAUGUGCA